AUGUGCGUGGGGGCUCGGCGGCCGGUGCGCCAGGUGCCCUGCUCGGGCCUGCUGCUGCUGCUGGGACUGGCGCUGGGCGCCGCGGCCCGGCUCAACUGUGUCGGGGACACCUACCCCAAGGGCAGCAGGUGCUGUCGGGAGUGCCCACCAGGCCAGGGGAUGGUGAGCCGCUGUGACGACUCCAGGGACACCGUGUGCCAGCCAUGUGAGCGCGGCUUCUACAAUGAGGCAGUCAACUACGAGACCUGCAAGCCCUGCACACAGUGCAACCGGGGAAGUGGGAGUGAACUCAGAUGGACAUGCACAUCCACAAAGGACGCGGUCUGUAGGUGCCGGCCAGGCACCCAGCCCCUGGACAGCGGCUACAAGCGUGGAGUUGACUGUGCCCCCUGCCCCCCAGGCCACUUCUCCCCUGGCGAGAACCAGGUCUGCAGGCCCUGGACCAACUGUACCUCAGCUGGGAAGCGCACCUUGAGGCCAGCUGGCAACAGUUCGGAUGCCAUCUGUGAGGAUAGGAGCACCCAGGCCACACCACCCCAGGAGACCCAGGGUCCCCCGGCCAGGCCCUCCACCACCCAGCCCACCGCAGCCGGGCCUGUGACCUCACAGGGGCCCCGCACCACCCCCUCAGAGACCCCCAGAGGCCCCGCAAUCACUGCUGUCCUGGGCCUGGGCCUGGGCCUGGGCCUGCUGAUCCCCCUGGGCUCUCUGCUGGCCCUGCACCUGCACUGGAGGGCCCGGAGGCCACUCCCCAAUGCCCGAGAGCCCCCUGGGGGAAAGAGCUUCCGGACCCCCAUCCAAGAGGAGCAAGCCGAUGCAAACUCUGCCCUGGCCAAGAUGUAA